GUUUCCGCUAGGGAGCGUAUGCUACGGAGCGGUCGCCAUUUUCGGUAGCGAAUUUAUUUUAAGCUCCUUUUUGGUAACGUGUUGAGUUAGUGACAAGUGACAUUUGUUUUGGGACGAAAUUUGAAUUUCAAACAUAGCAAAGAUGGAAACUUUUAGAUAUUCUUCUAAUAAUAUUACUUAUGGUGUGACAGAAACUCCACAAAUUCAUCAGAGACUACAAAAUGAUAUUGUUUUCUGCCAGAAAUACUUUGAGGGGAACGCUUCAAAAUCGGACCAUUCAUUAUCAUCCUCAGAGUGUCCUGAUUCACCCUGCAUUUCAAAAGAAUCAAAUUCUAGAAAAAGACCUCGAUCUGAAAGUAAUGAUACGUCAGAAGAGAAAGAGAAAAAAAAGACGCGAAAUAAAUCAUUAUAUGAUCAUAGAAAAAAAAUGGUUGAAAUUGAAGAGAGGCGAUUGGACCUCCUUUCCCAAAUAUCAAAGGAUUUGAAGGAACAGACUAGGUUGAUGGCUGAAAAGAAUAGGUUGACGGCAGAAAGGAAUGAUAUAUUAAGGAAAUUGUUACCUAACAACUCAAAAGAAAAGAACUAAUAUAAAAAUCAACUCGCAAAUUAAUUUUAUAUGGACCACUUGAAUUUGCUGUGAUAAUACGGGAAAGAUCCUACAAUUGUAUAAAUAAGCUUUCAUUUAUUGUUGAAU